GGGCCUGAGUCUGGGCUCAGCCUUUGCUUUCAAGGGGGGUCUGGGCUCCAGGAUGUGGGGCACUGAGGCCCCAGAGGCCCUGCCCCCUUCCUUCCCUCCCUCUUCUCUCCUCAUCCUCUCCCCCCACUCCUUUGGGGGUGAGCCCCUCCCCAGGGAGUUCCCAGCCAGGUAGGGUGUCGCCUGGAGCCAGGGGCUGUCAUGGAGGGACAAGAGAGGCAGGAGGGACACAGGGUCUCUGCCCGGGGCCUCUGGGACGCCGCCCGGGAACAGGGCAAUUAGGCUGGGUGGCAGGACGUGAGUCAGGGCAGCUGGGCGGCCCCCGGUUGGGCGGGCUGCCCGUCUGAGGUGAGGCAGCCUGAGCCUGAGGGUGGGCUGAGCUGGGAGGGGUGCCAGGCCAGCCUCUCCAGGGUGACCUGCAGCAGCCGCUCACCGGGUUUCCACAGCCUCCUGGGGACAACCCACGGCCCUGCCUGCCUCUCAGCCAGAGCUCCAGAGGCCGGAAGGGUGGGAAUGGAACCCCCAGGCCCCGGCUUGGCCAGCAGCUGAAAGCUCCCUCCCGGGCCUUCAGCCUGGGGGCUCUGAUGGCCGCCCCACCCUGCUUGGUGGCUCCUGUCAGGGAGGGGGAUGAGGCUCUGGAGGCCAGCCAGGGUCUCCCGGCCUGACCCCUGUGUGGCUCUGGCACCCCUUUUUGAGGCCUACUCCAGGCUCUGUGCUAGCACCAUGCUAGGCUUGGGGACAGCAGGGCACAGAACCAGGUGGGGUGUGUGGCUCUGGGCGGGCUGUGCCGGUUGGCUGGGACCUGCGGUGCUUUUACAGGUCGGCUAAAAAUCGACUGUCCCUCCCUGCUCUAGGGCGGGCUGUGCCGCAGCCCCCCUCGCAGCGCCCCCUGCAGGCGCUCCCUGGUAGGGGAGCCCGGGGACAGAGCUUGGUGCUGCGCGCGGGAGCCCCAGGCCCUCCCCUGCAAAGGCAAGUCCACGCCGAGUGGGAGGUGCUGGACCAGGGCGGCCGUGAGACCCUCAGAUCCCCUCCCCUAUUUGCGGCGGUCAAGGACUGAUCAAGAACGAGGCGACAGGACAGUGAUUUUUAUGAAAUCCCUCUCUCUAGCUGGUGGCUGAGAACUGGACAGAGAUGGUUGGCGGCCCUUAAGGCUGGCCCCCGGGGCAAGGGGUGGGGGUGGGGAGGGCUCCAAAGCGCCUGGGUGGGCCCCUCCCGCCUUGGGGCACAGGCUGGAGUGUCUCACCACUGGCUUCAGCAGGCACCCUGGGGCAGACACCUGGCUGGGGGGUGUACGCCCAGCAGAGGCUCCCAACCGGUGUCCGCAGGUCCCCAGGAGGGUCGCGUGGGGUCCCGGAGUGCGCAGUCCUGACACUCGCCCCGUGCGCCUGCGGGAGCCAGGGUCUCCUCCGCCCGCCCACCCAUCCACCCGCAGCCCGGCGCUGUCACGUUCCAGCCGCCUGACUCAGGCCGCGGGGCGGGGAGCCGGGAGGUGGCGCCGGCGCCCGCCUCGGCCCCGGAGGCGGCACCAGGAAGCGCCCGCCCCGGCCGGAGCCGCCAUGUAACCGGCGCCGCCCGGAGCCGAGUCUCGCUGGCCCCAGCGACCUGCCCGCCAUGGGGGACGAGGACGAGGACGAGGGCUGCGCGGUGGAGCUGCGGAUCACGGAAGCCAACCUGACCGGGCACGAGGAGAAGGUGAGCGUGGACAACUUCGAGCUGCUCAAGGUGCUGGGCACGGGAGCCUACGGGAAGGUGUUCCUGGUGCGGAAGGCGGGCGGGCACGACGCGGGGAAGCUGUAUGCCAUGAAGGUGCUGCGCAAGGCGGCGCUGGUGCAGCGCGCCAAGACGCAGGAGCACACGCGCACCGAGCGCUCGGUGCUGGAGCUGGUGCGCCAGGCGCCCUUCCUGGUCACGCUGCACUACGCCUUCCAGACUGAUGCCAAGCUGCACCUCAUUCUGGACUACGUGAAUGGCGGCGAGAUGUUCACGCACCUCUACCAGCGCCAGCACUUCAAGGAGGCCGAGGUGCGCGUGUACGGGGGUGAGAUCGUGCUGGCCCUGGAACACCUGCACAAGCUGGGCAUCAUCUACCGAGAUCUGAAGCUGGAGAACGUGCUGCUGGACUCCGACGGCCACAUCGUCCUCACGGACUUCGGGCUGAGCAAGGAGUUCCUGACGGAGGAGAAAGAGCGAACCUUCUCCUUCUGUGGCACCAUCGAGUACAUGGCCCCCGAAAUCAUCCGCAGCAAGUCGGGGCACGGCAAGGCCGUAGACUGGUGGAGCCUUGGCAUCUUGCUCUUCGAGCUGCUGACGGGGGCCUCGCCAUUCACGCUGGAGGGCGAGAGGAACACGCAGGCUGAGGUGUCCCGACGGAUCCUGAAGUGCUCCCCUCCCUUCCCCCCCCGGAUCGGGCCCGUGGCGCAGGACCUGCUGCAGCGGCUACUUUGCAAGGACCCCAAGAAGCGUCUGGGCGCGGGGCCCCAGGGGGCACAGGAAGUCAAGAACCACCCGUUCUUCCAGGGCCUGGACUGGGCUGCUUUGGCCGCCAGGAAGAUCCCAGCCCCAUUCCGACCCCAGAUCCGCUCAGAGCUGGAUGUGGGCAACUUCGCAGAGGAAUUUACUAGGCUGGAGCCUGUCUACUCACCCCCUGGCAGCCCCCCGCCUGGGGACCCUCGCAUCUUCCAGGGAUACUCCUUCGUGGCGCCGUCCAUCCUGUUUGACCACAACAACGCAGUGAUGACCGACGUGCUCGAAGCAUCUGGCGCUGGAGACCGGCCAGGCCGGGCAGCGGUGGCCAGGAGCGCCAUGAUGCAGGACUCGCCCUUCUUCCAGCAGUACGAGCUGGACCUGCGGGAGCCCGCGCUGGGCCAGGGCAGCUUCUCCGUGUGUCGCCGCUGCCGCCAGCGCCAGAGCGGCCAGGAGUUUGCGGUCAAGAUCCUCAGCCGCAGGCUAGAGGCGAACACGCAGCGCGAAGUGGCCGCCUUGCGGCUGUGCCAAUCGCACCCCAACGUGGUGAAGCUGCACGAGGUGCAUCACGACCAGCUGCACACGUACCUGGUCCUGGAGCUGCUGCGGGGCGGGGAGCUGCUGGAGCACAUCCGCAAGAAGCGGCACUUCAGCGAGUCCGAGGCGAGCCAGAUCCUGCGCAGCCUCGUGUCGGCCGUGAGCUUCAUGCACGAGGAGGCGGGCGUGGUGCACCGCGACCUCAAGCCCGAGAACAUCCUGUACGCCGACGACACGCCCGGAGCCCCGGUGAAGAUCAUCGACUUCGGGUUCGCGCGCCUGCGCCCGCAGAGCCCCGCGGGGCCCAUGCAGACGCCUUGUUUCACGCUGCAGUACGCGGCCCCCGAGCUGCUGGCCCGGCAGGGCUACGACGAGUCCUGCGACCUCUGGAGCCUCGGCGUCAUUCUGUACAUGAUGCUGUCGGGGCAGGUCCCCUUCCAGGGGGCCUCAGGCCAGGGCGGGCAGAGCCAGGCGGCCGAGAUCAUGUGCAAGAUCCGCGAGGGGCGCUUCUCCCUUGACGGGGAGGCCUGGCAGGGCGUGUCCGAGGAGGCCAAGGAGCUGGUCCGAGGGCUCCUGACUGUGGACCCCGCCAAGCGGCUGAAGCUCGAGGGGCUGCGGGACAGCUCGUGGCUGCAGGACGGCAGCGCGCGCUCCUCGCCCCCGCUCCGGACGCCGGAUGUGCUGGAGUCCUCGGGGCCGGCCGUGCGCUCGGGGCUCAACGCCACCUUCAUGGCGUUCAACCGGGGCAAGCGCGAGGGCUUCUUCCUGAAGAGCGUGGAGAACGCGCCGCUCGCCAAGCGGCGGAAACAGAAGCUGCGGAGCGCCGCCGCCUCCCGCCGCGUGUCCCCCGCGCCCGCCGCCCCGGGCCGGGCCCCCCCCGCCAGAGCGCCCCCCCGCCGAGCCAACGGUCCCCUUCCCCCCUCCUAGCCCCCGCCACUAGGACCCCCGUCCCCCAUGGGGGCUGUGACCUGGGAGCCUCGGGCAGCGGGCAGCGGCCGCCUCAUCCCCAGGGAUCGCCCUCCCCUCCCCUCCCCACCCGCUCCCAGACAGAGCAGAAAUAUUUUUAUAAGCAGAGAAUUUUUUAUGUCUUACCAGAUAGAGUUAGAGAUGCAGGGAGGGAGGGGGCCUGCUGGGAAGUUGGGCGUGGGGGGGCCUCUGCCAAGUCGCUGCCGCAUCUGGUGGACGGCUCUCCUCCCAGGGCCUGCUCCUGCAGGGAAGGGCUCCUCCCCAAUUUCUAAGCACUGAGUUGCCACGGGAGAAACUGGGACCUCUCCCCCGCCCUCCCCUGAGGCCCUGCUCUUGGGAGGGGGCACCCCUCAAGCUGUCACUUUAUGGGCUGUCUGUGCAAUUACGUCCACCAAAGACCUGUGUUGGGGGGUUCAGGGAGAGGCCCUGGGGCACCCCCUGAAGCAUUUCUGCCUCACUUUAUGUCACCUGCUUCUCCCCUAUUGGGGCUAAGGAAGGAGGUAGGCGACCCCCCAAAAGGGGAGGCCCCCUUCUCACCCACCCCCUCCCCUUGGCACAGCUGCCCCUGGCUGGGGGAGGGGCCUGGGGGGGCUGGGCUGGGCGUCCACGGUCACUGCCUCAGCCCAUCCAGGCUGUGCCUUUGACUUUAAAAUAAAAGUCCAGCCAGUG